AUGGUGUGGAAAUGGAAGGGGAAAGUAGAUCAAUCUAGAGUGGCUUUGGAUGCAUUCAAUAUCGAAGGUUUUGGGUUGGAUUACUUUAUUGGGAAUGGAAGCGAUUGGAACAGGGAUGGGACUUUGAUCAUUGGUGCAAACCCUACGCUCAAAGGUAGCUCCAAAAUAGAUGGAUAUAAUGGAUGU